AUGGAUGCUAAAGUCGGGAGCACUGAGGUAGCUCACCUUGAGUCUGCACUAUCCAAGCCAGUGCAUCACAACCCCACAGGAACAGUCACCUUGCUUGAGGGGGACGAAGUAAUCCUGAUCCCCACCCCUUCUCCUGAUCCAUGUGAUCCAUUGAACCUCCCCAAUGCUCAGAAAUGGGCCAUUGAUAUUAUUCUGGGGAUGUUUGCUGUCUUCAGCGUCCUCGUCACCUCCGGCAUGGGUCCAAUUCUCACCACUGUCAUGGCAUACUACGACUAUGACCCUCGAGUGUCAGACCUGAUGACUUAUCCGACUUUGUUCAUGGGGAUUGGGAACCUCAUCGCGAUGCCACUUGCGAUGGCCGUGGGUCGUCGUCCUGUCUUCUUGGCUUCUGCUCUGAUCCUCACCCUGGGGUCAAUUUGGUGCGCUGCGAGUCAGAGUUUGGGGUCCCAUAUUGCCGGUCGGAAUAUUCUUUCUCUGGCGGCCGGGCAGUCCGAGGCUUUAUGUCCAUUGAUUAUUCAGGAAGUUCAUUUUGUUCACGAACGUAGCAGCAAGUUAGCCUGGUUUAGCGCUACGCAAUCCAUUGGCACUGCCGCCUUGACCAUCGCCACAGCUUACAUCGUCAACGCCCUCGGUUGGCGAUGGUGGUACGGAGUCAUCGCAAUCGCAAGCGGCACCGUCUUCGUCCUAUCCUUCUGUGCGGUCCCCGAGUCAGCCUACCCCCGACCCAGCGAUUCGUACGAUGGCCUUGUCCACAUAUACCACGAAGGUGAACCCAUCUCUGUUGUCCGCGCCACCGAAAAAACAAGAGUUCCAAUCGACUACACACGAUACAAAGCUCGCACGCUAUCUCAUAGCCUCAAAAUAUUCCACGGACCCGCGGACUGGUCAAAAGCCAUCACCUGCGGGAAGCAAAUGGCGCAGUGUGUCCUCUUUCCUAAUAUACUCUGGGUGAUUCUUUUGAAUAGCGUUGCCCUUGGUAUCUAUGUGAUCGGCGUCACCGAAUUUGGCACCAUCCUCUCCAGUCCGCCAUACAAUUACCCAUCUUCGGCUCUGGGCCUCGUCCAAGGUGGCCAAAUCGUCGUCUCUUUCUUAUUGGUUCCAGUUCUUGGAUACGGCGGCGACAUGCUCACGAAAUGGAUCGCAAAACACCGCAAUGGUGUAGCCGAAGCUGAAAUUCGUCUCAUUCCAAUCGUUCUCCCCGUUGCAGCUCUCAUCAUCUCAUCCGUGAUCUUCGGCCAUGCGGGUUCGAACCCAUACGAGUGGUCUCCUUGGGCGAUCAAUAUAACCUUCAGCGGGAUCUAUUUUGCGUUUAUUGGUAUUGUGUUAGUCGGGUAUACAUACUCGCUUGAUAGCUACCCGGAGCGAGCAGCACCAAUUCUGGUCCUUAUUUGCGCCAUCAGAGGCCUCAUUUCAUUUGGAAUUUCGUUCGGGAUUACAAAGUUUGUGACAGAGCAAGGGUACCAGGGGGCGCUCAAUAUUUGCGCAAUCAUUACUGGAGCCGUUGCAGUUUUGGGCGUGCCGGUCUUUUUGUGGGGGCCCAGAAUGAGGGCAAUCACCAUGAAAUAUGCAGUUGAUCAUAAAACUGCCGAGGGAUGA